AUGGCCGAGGAACGUCGCGGGACCUGGUUCGGCUUCGGUUUCUGCGGCUUCGGGCAGGCGCUGGGCUCGGGGCGCGGGCGCCAGGUACACAGCCCCGAGCCUCUGAGGGCGCCAGGCGCGGGCCUCGAUGUCUGCCGCGUGAGCGCGAGCUGGAGCUACACCGCCUUCGUGACCCGUGGAGGAGGCCGGGUGGAGUUGUCUGGCUUCGCGGUCGGAGCGGCGGGCGGCUGCAGGGACGCGUGGGCGUCGGAGGAGCUCCUGGUGGUGCUGCGCGCGGGGACGGGACCCGGGGCCGGGACGGAGCUGCAGGCCUGGGCGCCCGGUUCGGCGCUGCGCGGGGAGCCCCUCUGGGCCCAGACCGUGCCGGAGGCCGAGCGGGAAGACGGACCGGGCGGCGAUGAGACCCAGUCUGGGCCGCUGCCGCUGCUGCCCUGCGCUCGCGCCUACGUGAGCCCGCGGCCGCCCUUCUACCGGCCUCUGGCCCCGACACUGCGGGCGCGCCGGCUGGAGCUGGGCGCUGAGCACGCGUUGCUGCUGGACGCGGCGGGCCAGGGGUUCUCCUGGGGCGGGGGCAGGGGAGGGGGACACGGACAGCUGGGCCACGGGACUCUGGAGGCAGAGCCGGAGCCGAGGCUGCUGCAGGCGCUGCAGGGCCUAACCAUGGCUGAGGUGGCCGCAGGUGGCUGGCACUCUCUGUGUGUGAGUGAGGCUGGGGAUAUUUAUAUCUGGGGCUGGAAUGAAUCAGGGCAGCUGGCCCUGCCCACCAAGAGCCUGGCAGAGGAUGGAAAGACAACCGCAGAAGCCUCAGGACUGAAUGAAGAUGGUUCUGAAGUGAAGAGAGUAGCCAGGGGUGAGGAUGGAGCCCCCGCCCCCUUCAUAGCUGUCCAGCCCUUCCCGGCUUUACUGGACCUUCCCCUGGGCUCAGAUGCAGUCAAGGCCAGCUGUGGAUCCCGGCACACAGCAGUGGUGACAAGAAUGGGGGAGCUCUACACCUGGGGCUGGGGUAAAUAUGGACAGCUUGGCCACAAAGACACGACCAGCUUGGAUCGGCCCUGCCGUGUGAAGUACUUUGUAGAUAAGCAACUCCAAGUAAGGACCGUGAGCUGUGGGCCCUGGAACACCUACGUGUAUGCUGUGGAAAAAGAGAAGAGCUGA